AUGUACUCUAUCAAGUCCAUUGCUCUGCUGGCUCUGGCCACCGGUUUUGCCAGCGUGGCCAGCGCUGCCCAGACUGGUAAGACCACCCGCUACUGGGAUUGCUGCAAGGGCUCUUGCGCAUGGCCUGGCAAGGCAGAUGUCUCGGCUCCUAUUACCACCUGCGACAAGAACGACAACCCUUUGACUGAUGCCAACACUGCCUCCGCCUGUGACGGUGGCUCUGCAUACAUGUGCUCUGACCAGUCCCCUUGGGCCGUUUCUGAUGACCUUGCUUACGGUUUCGCUGCCGCAAACAUUGCCGGCGGCUCAGAGGAGAGUUGGUGCUGCUCUUGCUACAAGCUCACUUUCACUACUACCUCCAUUGCUGGCAAGACCAUGAUUGUCCAGGCUACCAACACUGGCGGUGACCUCGGCAGCAACCAGUUCGACCUUGCCAUUCCCGGCGGCGGUGUCGGUAUCUUCAACGCCUGCACUGACGAGUGGAACGCUCCCGCCUCCGGCUGGGGUGCUCAGUACGGCGGUAUCAGCACCAACACAUGCAGUGCCUUCCCCAAGGCCCUGCAACCUGGCUGUGGCUUCCGCUUUGACUGGUUCGAGAAUGCCGACAACCCUGAGAUGGAGUUUGAGCGUGUUGAGUGUCCUGCUGCUAUCACCGCAAAGAGUGGAUGCAAGAGAGCCGAUGAUGGCACUCAGGCCUACCCAUCUAUUGUCUCGGCUGCCGCUGCUUCUUCGUCAUCGCCUGUUGCUGCUUCUUCCUCUUCUGCUGCUCAGAAGGUCGCUGCUACACCCUCAUCGAGCGAGGCUGCUGUCUCGUCCGCUUCAACUGCUGCUGCUGCCGUCGAGUCUUCUGCUGCUGCCUACUCCUCUGCUGCCACUGUUGAGUCGUCCGCUGCAGCAUACACAUCCGCCGCUGCCGUCGAGUCGUCAUCCUCCUCUGCCACUUCUGUUGAGGCCACCAGCGCUGCUGCACCUUCAGCUUCUUCCAGCUCCGACGAUGCAAACUGCAACGUUCAAUACGUCUACGAGUACGACAUUUAG